AGGAGGAUUUUCAAGAAUGAAGGCUGUUAAAUCAUCGUGUUAAAUAUAAUCUGACAGUGACAUUAUUGACAUUCGUGACACCUAACCUAACCUAUAUGAAUUCAGAAUCAGAACAUUCGUAUUGAUUGAAAACAUUAACAUUUCCUAAAGAAGAAAAGUCGCAGAAUGGUGUUCCUUACAGUUGCUAAUUGGGUUCGUUCUCGUGGUCCCGAUGAAUUUUGGAGGAAGAGAAGGAUUUUUAGAUUAGCCGCACACUACAUCGGUCGUCGGAGAAACUGUUAUACUAUUGCCGUACGCAAUGUUCACAGAGCUCUAGUUUAUGCAACUAAAGCUAGGAAAUUGAAGAAACAAGAUAUGAUAGAUCUUUGGACCACAAGGAUCGGUGCUGCUUGCGAACAACACAACAUAACUCAAUACACAUUGAAAGAGGGCUUGGACAGAGCUAACAUUAUGCUAGAUCGUAAAUCUUUGUCUGAUUUGGCAUGCUGGGAACCACGGACAUUUGAAUGUUUGGCUGCUGUAGCCAAAGAGAAGCUAGAGCUUGAUGGGGUUGUUGAUGGUGCAGAUAAAAAGUAUCCUACAGGUGUUGACCUAAAACUUAAAGAUGUAAUGCUAGAGGCUUGGUUGAAAGAAAAAAAACAGUAACUUAGUAGUUCAUUUAAUUACCUAUUAUCUAGUUAUUUUAGUUUCACAUUAGCUCUGUAAAUAAUAAAUAUUGUCUUAUCAGGA